AUGCUGUCGCACCGGGUGGUGCUCGCGCCUCUCACUCGCUACCGUGCUGACAAGGAGCAUGUGCACACUGACCUCGGCGUCGAGUACUACGGGCAGCGCGCGUCCAUCCCCGGCACGCUCCUAAUCACCGAGGCGACGUUUGUGUCUCCGCAGGCCUCGGGCUACGAUUACCCGCCCGGUAUCUGGAACGAAGAGCAGGUUGAAGCGUGGAGACGGAUCACGUCAGCCGUGCACGCAAAAGGCUCGCGCAUCUUCUGCCAGCUCUGGGCACUUGGUCGCGUGGCGCAGGGAGAUAUACUCGCGCGAUUGGGCUUGCCCGUAGUCUCCGCGUCCGACAUUCCUAUAGCCGACCACGCCACCCCGCACGCGCUAACAAUUCCUGAAAUCAAGGAAUAUGUCCAGAUGUUCACCGCAGCCGCAGUCAACGCGAUGCGCGCGGGAUUCGACGGCGUCGAGCUGCACGGCGCGAACGGGUACCUCAUUGACCAGUUCUUCCAGGACAUGUCAAACAAACGCACCGACGCGUACGGCGGCUCGAUCGCGAACCGCUGCCGUUUCGCCCUCGAGCUCAUUGACUCGAUAUCCAAGGCCAUCGGCGAGGACAAGACUGCCAUCCGGAUCAGCCCCUGGAGCAGGUAUCAAGACAUGCGCAUGACGGACCCGCGCCCGACGUUCUCCCAUUUCGUGUCCUGCCUCGUAGAGCGACACCCCAACCUUGCAUACAUCCACGUCAUUGAGCCACGCAUCGAUCAGCUCCCGGACCAGCCCUCCCCUAUCGAGGAGUCGAACGACUUCCUGCGUAAGGUAUGGGCGCCGCGCGCGUACAUCGCCGCGGGUGGCUUCACACGCGACCUCGCGCUCCAGACCAGCGAGCAGACGGGCGACCUGGUCGCCUUCGGGCGGGCAUUCCUUGCGAACCCGGACCUCCCCCUCCGCCUUGCGAAAGACCUGCCGCUGAUGGAAGGCGACCGCGACACAUACUACACGCCGGAGAGUGCGCGUGGCUACACGGACUAUCCAUUUGUGGACGAUUCCGAAGCGCGGAAGUAG